CACAGUAAGGCAUAAUAUUGCACAAGUAUGGCUGACACGUCUCAUACGUGGAAAUCUCAGCAGAACGCUGUAGUGGAUUUAGAUGACAUGGCAGGCAGUGACCAUUCUGAUUAUGAAACCAGCUUUUCACCAAAAGGUGCAGACCCUGACAGAGCAGAAAAGCCGGGGACUUACAUGGACUCCAUGAAACAGCGGUUACAUGACAAUGUAACAAACAUGAUGUGGCAGUCCGGCAGAGAGAAGGCAACAAAAGCAUGGAACAUUUAUGGAAACUUGGACAUUCUUCGACCAUAUUUCAAUGUUGAACCACAUGAAGUCAGAUCAAGGUUGUUAAUGUCAUUUAUGCCCCAGCGGCCGACAUCAGAUCGUCAGCGGGUGCCUCGGGAACUGUAUGGCCCCUUCAUGAUCAUCUUUACUCUCAUUGCCCUCCUGCUCUUCCAGAUGAAGACAGCUGAACAUAGAGUGGAGGAGGGAACCCUGAUGGGUACAGCAUUUGGUGUUUGUUUCACCUACUGGCUGGGGGCCUCGGGGCUUAUCUGGGUUCUCUCGUAUGUGUGUAACACCCACCUCGCCCUCAUACAGAUACUCUCCAUGAUGGGUUAUGGUUUGGGAAGUCACUGCCUGGUGAUAUUUCUCGGGACGAUCAUCCACACAUCACAUGACCAUCUCUUCUUCUACUCCCUUUGGGCAGUGCUAGGGGGACUCUCCACACUCAGAAUGGUGUCUAUCAUACUGUCACGGACCCACGGGCAAACACAGCGUUUGAUUGUGUGUGGAGCUGUCACCGCACUUAAUCUUCUCUUCCUGCUUUACCUGCACUUUGCCUAUCACCAGAUUGUUGAAGAUCUGUCUGAGGUGUUUGCCUCGCAUGACAACCAGCAGGUGAGGAUGGUAGAGAAUUCCGUUGUCAAUGGAGACGGUUCUCCAGCAGCUGAGGCAGAUGUUGGCCUGAAGGUUACUGAGGCUGUUCGGCAAGUAGCCAAGUCAGUAGUACAAGCUGUUAAUGAGACUGUGAAAGAUGCAUUAGUCAAUGAGCCGUUAAAUAAAGCAGUUGGCGAUGACAAGAUCAUUGAAUCAUUAAACAAAGCAGUCGAGACUGACCCAGCUGGGCCAGCUUAGCUGUCUGAGACGUCCAACCAAGAAGGGAAAUCCAUCUCACCACGUGUGCUCAACGACAUUAGCAGGUCCCGACACGGCAAAGGAAUGCCUUCACAUGAUGGUCUUAACAUGCAAACUGAUACAGACUUUGUUAAGGGCAUUGAAACUAUUGUCACCUUUGUGGAGUUUCAUGUUUGAAAUCAAUUUGCUCUGUGUAAAUACCAGUUUGACAUUCUCUCUACUGAUCACAUCAAACUUACAUGAACUUAUUUGUCAGUUGUAAAUAGGGAUCAUAUGAAUUUUCUUUUGUUUGUUUCUUUUGUUUAGAUCAUGGCUUUAAGCUUUUCUCAUGAAUUUGCUUUUUGAAUGUCAUUAUUCUGUGAUAUUAAAUUUAUUGAUUGAAAUAUA